CCGUAACUGUCAACCAUCUCCUUCAAAUCUCCAAAAACAAUGCUACUGUCAACACCAACAUUGCUGCUGUUCGAUGCUCUCAUGCAACCCGCUCUGUCCAGCAACCUCAACUCCCUCCACGGCAUCGCCUUCAUCUCCGUGACGACGGACAACCUGACAGCGUCCACGCAGUUCUACACUCAGGUUCUUGGUGGGAUGCUGGUGCCAGAGCUGUCCUUCACCUUCAGUGGAGAUUCUCACUACUACCGAAUGUUCCAGAAGGAGAUCCUGGACGCCAGAACACAAGGGGUUAACCCUGCCCAGUUGGGAAUACCAGAUAUAAGGGAUAACGGUACUCACGAGGUGCGUGGUAACUUCAUCGUCUUUGACAACGGCAUCAUCCAACUUGUAGAGUAUGUGCUGAGAUCAUCCUCAUCUGACAACGUCUUCGACAUCCGUGACCGUCGCACCAGCCCCUGCUACAUCGCGGCCCCACAUAUAUGUGUCUGGGUCAAGGACGAUGUCGAUUUCAACCACUACAUUGCUGAACUGGAACGAACAUCACAUAACCUUGGUUUUGAUCAGGUGAAGGUCAAUAGACCAGUAACAGUUCACAACGAGGCUGAGCGACUGGCCGUUCCCGAAAACCAGCUUGGUAUUACAUUUUCCAAUGGAGACUAUGCUGGUUUAUCAUUCGCCUACUUUAAAGGCCCGAGGGGAGAACAACUGGAACUGUACCAAAUUACAAAUCAAUUCCGCAACCAUCUUGGCAGCGAUUACUGCCGACGACAGGGCGUGGCCACAGCCUUCUUGGACAAUCAUCCUGACAACAGAUGGAAGAAAGCUGCAGGAGUCAGUGGUCAACUUUACGGGUUGUUCCAGUUUGGGACAAGAACAGAUGACCUCUCAAAGUCCGUCAACUUUUACACACAGGUCCUUGGUUCAGAUCUGGUUCAUAAACCACUGCAGGGAGUGAACCUUCGAGGAGAUGACCUUGAGAACAUGUUGUUCCAGAAAGAGAUUCUUGAUGCGGAAUCGUGGGGAACUGAGCCUAGAGAUGUUGGGAUUGCAAAUGUUUCUCUGGCAGGAUCUGACAGACUUGAUCUGACUUUUAACCUGUUCGAUAACUAUGUGGUUGAGACUCUGGUGUACACAACAGGAAAAUCUCUGUCAGAUCCCAAAUUCAACCCCAGAUACAACUGGAGUAGUCCUGCCUACAUCAACAACAUGCACGUCGCCUUCUUAGUUGACGACAACAUCGACCUGAACAACUUUCUACAUGACACAGAACUGAAAGCUGCCAAGAAUAAGUUCCCCGAGUUUAAGGUCAAUAGAGCAGUUGAUGUGCGGAGAUUAGGUGCUAGCGUUCCCUCAUCACAGUACAGUGCAGAGUUCACUGAUGGACCUUUGAAGGGCUUCAACUACGUGUUUGCUAAGGGUCCAGCAGGGGAGCAGCUAUCCUUUGUUCAGUUCAAGGGUCCAGCAGCAGCCAAACUGAAGUCAGCCUUGCUGCGGUAUUCGGCCGUCAGCACAGCUUUCAAGGAGACGAAUCCGUGGGCCAGAAAAGAAUAUGACAAGUUUUGUUCUUCAUAUUCCAGCAACCCUGUUAUUGGCUAAACUAUUAUUCAGAAAUAAAUGAUUCA